UAAUAGUUCAAAUAAGCUGGAACCAGGGUUAAUUCCAGUUCAGCAUCGACCAUGUCAGCAGCCACAACAAACAGAGACCAUGCAAGCUUGACCUGGGUAU